AUCCUUCUCAUAUCUCCCCUAUCUACUUUCUCCUCUGUCUGUCUCUUUGCUUCUCUGUUCUGUCUUCAUUGGUUCAUCUAAUCUGUCUUUUUCUCUCAUCUUGUUUCAUUCGUACUUCACUCUCUUACUUUUGUCUCUUCUCUGCCACUCUAUUUUUCUUUUUGCUGUUUUCUCGUCCCUCUUGACUUUUGUCUGUUCUGUCUUCCUCUGCACUGCUUUUUGCUCUGUCAUUAGUUUCUGUCUCCUCUCUUCAGUCAUCUUUCCUGUUUCACUGUUUGGACUUUAUCCUUCCUUCUUCGCUGUCUUCUUUACCUACGCUGUAUCUUCCUCUCCCCUCUUUUCCCUUAUCUUCUUUAAUUCCCUCUCUCUGUUCUGAGUUAUGGGGAAGACAGAGUUGUACUCUGUGUAUAAGAGCUUUCUGGACUGUCUCUGCCUAUCUCGGAGCAGCAGUGAGGGGUCAGGGAAGAACGAGAAGGCCCCUGAUGAUGGUUACCUGGCCUACCAGAAUGGAGACGUUCUACAAGAGAGAUAUGAGGUUAUCAGUCUGUUGGGAGAGGGCACCUUUGGGAAGGUGGUGACGUGUGUGGACCGGCGCAGGGCUGGGGCACGUGUAGCUCUGAAGAUCAUUAAGAACAUGGAGAAGUACAGACAAGCUGCUAAACUGGAGAUCAAUGUCCUGGAGAAAAUCAACGAGAAAGACCCACACAACAAACAUCAAUGUGUUCAGAUGCUGGACUGGUUUGACUACCAUGGUCAUGUGUGUAUCUCCAUGGAGCUGCUAGCCCUCAGCACUUUUGACUUCCUGAAGGAGAACAACUUCCUGCCGUACUGUAUGGAUCACAUCCGCCAGAUGGCCUACCAGAUCUGCCUCGCUGUCAACUUUCUCCAUAUCAACAAGCUGACCCACACUGACCUCAAACCUGAGAACAUCCUGUUUGUCAACUCUGACUACACCAUCACUUACAAUGCUGAGAAGAAGCGGGAUGAGAGGAAAGUGAAGGAUACAACAGUAAGGCUGGUGGAUUUUGGCAGUGCCACGUUUGACCACGAACACCACAGCACCAUCAUAUCUACACGCCACUACCGUGCUCCUGAAGUUAUUCUGGAGCUGGGCUGGAGUCAUCCGUGUGAUGUCUGGAGUAUCGGCUGCAUCCUGUUUGAGUACUAUGAAGGCUUCACCCUAUAUCAGACCCAUGACAACCAGGAGCACCUGGCCAUGAUGGAGAGAGUACAGGGACCUCUCCCCUCUACGAUGAUCUGCAAGACCAGGAAGCAGAAGUAUUUUCACUGCAGGCGUCUAGACUGGAACGAUAACUCCAAGGCAGGACGAUUCGUCAAAGACCACAUUAAACCUCUAUGGAGAUACCGGUUAUCAGAAGCUAAGGAGCAUCAUCAGUUUUUUGACCUGUUGGAGAAGAUGCUGGAGUACGAGCCCUCCAAACGCCUCUCUCUCUCCUCCGCCCUCCUCCAUCCCUUCUUCCUACCACUCCGUAGGGGCAGCAAGGCCUGGGAGAGCACCCAGAACAUAUGCCGAUGACCACUGACCUUUAACCCUUGACAUGGAUGAGAGGAAGGACAGCCCAACCAUGUCAUACAACGUGCUGUUGUAAUCUGUCAGGAAGUCGUGCUUUGUGACAAACUGGUGUCCGGAAUCCCUGUGUAUUAUGAGGGAAAUAGGCUAAUCUAAUCUCAGUGUUUGGGGCAAAUGUAUCCUUCUCCACCUUUAACAUAAAAAAUGGAAUGGAGAGAGUCUGUCACUUCCCUUUAGGGUUUGAUUCAGUGGAGGCUGCAGAGGGGAGGACAGGCUCAUAAUAAUGGCUGGAACGGAGUGAAUGGAAUGGCAUCAAACCAGGUGUUUGAUGUAUUUGAUAUCAUUCUACUCAUUUUGCUCCAUCCCUCCUCCCCUCCAUCUCCUCCCCUCCCCUCAAGGCAGUGUCCUUACGCUGAUUGACAGCUUCGCUGCACAGUGGAGGCGGGCCUAGUGAUACAUGCAUUAUGUAUGUAGAGCACACUGUUUUAACUGCAGCGUAACAUUACACACACACACACACACUCUAACUAUUACAGUUUUAUUUUUGUAACGCUGUAACUGGAGAUUGUUGUUGACACUUUUGUUUAUGAGCUGUAUAAACUGUUUAUUAAUCUAUAAUAAUGUUGCAUUUGCACAGAUGGGCUCAUUGCUCCCUACAACACACACACACACACACACAGCAUUUAUUUUUGUAACACUAACGGGAGAGAUUGGUGGAAUGACUUGAAUAAACCGUUUAUUUAUGGUGCUAUAAUAAUAUGAA